AUGGAAUUUCUAUCUGUAGGCUUGUGUCAUAACAAGCCAAAAAAAUCGGUGGCAACCGCAAUAGUUCCGGAAGACUAUAUUUGCACGCAGGGCGACCCUGCACUCAUCGAUUUUAUUAAGGAAAUCCCUUGUGAACCAAGGGUGGAAGUCGUGCUUAUUGAUGAUGCCUUUGUUGAAAGAAAGUCGAUGGAAUGUUUAUUUCAGCCGAAUGCAUAUCUAGGUGACGAGGUUAUAGACUGUUAUAUAAAUUUGAUAAAAGCUCAAAAGCAUCUAAAGUGCCGAUCUGGAGGUCGCGUUCACAUAGAAAAUGCUUUCCAGUUUAAUUUCUUGAAGCGAGAUGGCGAUGUUGAAAUUAAAACAGAGGAGCUAUAUCCAAUUGAAGACAUGACACAAAUAUGUAGCGCUGAACGAAGGGUGUUACUUUACCUAGACCAUGACAUGGUGUUUAUUCCGAUAAACAUCAGAGAGACGCACUGGUAUCUUGCCGUGAUCCAUGCAAGCAAUAUGGAGAUACAAGUGCUCGAUUCACUUGGUACUUCACAAGAUCGUAAAGACCUCACUGACUCUAUUAAAGGACUCCAAAGACAAAUUGAUAUGAUAUCUCAACGUAAGGAGUUAAAAGACCACAGGUGGCCAAACCUCCAAGUUGCUUCUUGGCCGCUCAGAGAAAUAGACAUGGGAUAUGCAAAGCAGACAGAUAGCUCUUCAUGUGGCCUCUUUCUUUUGAACUAUAUCGAAUACUGGACAGGGGAUGAACUGUCUGACAGUUUUACCCAAGAUGACAUGUCACACUUUAGAAAGAAAAUGGAUGCUAUAUUACUAUCUUCAGAACUGAAUAAGAGAAGGGGGUGUCUCUUAUACAAAAAUGAUAAAGAAGUUGACUCUGGAAGCCCAUCGGAUGUUGAGAUAUUAGAAAACCCAACAGAUUCUAAGAAGAGGAAGCUACUCCAUGUGCUUGAUGAUAGCGAAGUAGUGUAUGAAGAUGAGGAAGGCCCUAUUACUCAAGCAGACUUGCAAAAGUGGUUUGUUGAUGAUUGGGAUAAAAGAACUCCUGUAAAAGUAUCUAACGAUGGGUGCACCAAUGACUUUUUAAUGGUUGGUCUUUCCACAAAGGACAUGCCAGUGACCAAAGCCGAUUCAAUAGAUGUUUUAUGUGAUUAUGUCAUGGCAAUAGAAGACGAUACGACACUAGAGUAA